UAGCUGGAUGUGGUGGCGUGCCUACAGUCCCAACCACUCGGGAGGCUGAGGCAGGAGAAUUGCUUGAACCUGGGAGGUAGAGGCUGCAGUGAGCCAAGAUUAUGCCACUUUACUCCAGCCUGGGCAACAGAGCAAGACUCCAUCUCAAAAAAAAAAAAAAAAAAAAAAAAAAAAAAAAAAAGAAAAGAAAAGAAAGAAAAGGCAAAAAAGGCAAAAGAAAAAAAGAAAGAAGGAACAUGGGUUCAUGGAAGAAGCACGGAAAGUGUGAGGCAGAGCAGCCUCGGAGCUGACAUGCUGAGAGCGGGAGAAAGGUGGGUUGGACACGGGAAAGAGAAGUCCAGAGAACAGUGGAGGGCUGGCCUCAGUGGGCUGCCAAGGUGUGGCUUGAAGACGGAGCUGGACAGGGACGAAUUUGCCCAGCAUGGAGGCUGGAAGAUGAGGGGCUUGGUCAUUUGCUGAUGCGAGAUGGAGGCAGGGGCCCAGGGCCAGCAGGGACAGAAGAUGCAGCUGGAGCUCAGGGAUGGGUGGACGGGGGUGUCAGGCUGACCUGGGCCCACACACACUGUGGCCUUGUGGCUGGAGUCAUCCGAGGGACCUCACCAUGGCCAUCAUGUCUGGCCAUGCUGCCCUGAAUCCAGCUGGAGUUGAAUGGUGAUAGGGGGGCCUCAGCCUGUCAUAGUCCCUCAGAGCAGACCAAGAACAGAGUCCCCUGGAUUCCACCAGGCCAGGCUGGCAUUGCUGGUGCUAUGAGCAUGGUGGUCUGCCUGCAUCACUGGUGCUGCGAGCAUGGUGGGCUAUCCCCUACCCGAGUCUCCGGCAGGCUGGGAGCACCUUGCUGCUGUUUCAGGAGUGAAAGUCUGCACCGAGGGCCUUUCCCACAGGGCUCAGUCGCUCUCACCCACCCCACAGCUGAGAGGAGCCCCACCGGUGGGCCAGACAGCUGGGGUAAUGAGAGGAAGGGGCGGUCCCCAUGCACAGCCCAGGAGGGGCUCCCCCCACCCCAGGAGGGUGGUGCCUGCUUCCUGAGUGGAACAACACAGGAAGCCUCUGCCUGGCCUUGUCCUUCCACUUGAAGACCCGGCCCCAGGGGAGCUGAGAGAGGACCUGGGCCCCACUGCACCCUCCCCGAGGAAGAGCAGGGCCUGAAAUGUGGGUGACCUGCUGUACCCCGUGCCCCUUUCUGUGGAGGAAAUAGCCCUGGCCCCGGGCCAGGACAGACCACGACACUGCAGCUGGCGGGUGGGGCCACUGGGCUGGCCGGAGAGAGGGCCCUGAGCCCCUAUCCUGAGCUCCCUCACUUCGAGGGGAGGCAGAGGCUCCCAGGGGCACUAGGAGUAGCAGGUGCAGCAAAAGGAUGGUGAGCAGGUGCUGGCAGGACCCCAGACUCUGGUCCAGGAAGGCCCUCGGAAGAGGCCGGUGGGCUGCCUGAGGCUGUGGGCCUGUCCGGCAGGGAAUGCCAGACAAAGCCUGGAUGUGCUCUGAGAAGCAAAGGGCUGGUGCAGGGCUCCCCUGGCGCCCAAGCCUGGUUGGCCAUGCGUGGUGAGGAGCUGGACCUCGGUGCGAGGGAGUUGGGAUGUCCCAGUGGGCCUGGCUCUCUGGCUGCCCUGCCUUGGGUUGUUCCCACCAGGCCUCCUGCUGGGCCCACUGACUCUUUCCAGGCACCCUCACCAGGCUGUGGUGCCCAAAGGUCAGGCACGUGGCGGAAUCUGGACAUCAGCAGCUCGCACUGCAUGGGCCACAUGGGACCAGCUGGAUGGGAAGGUGGCUCCGGCUCCCAUCCCUAGCUAGUCUCUGCUCUCAACAUACAGGCCUGGAUCCCAGAGGGGCCUCGUUGUGAAAGCCUCCGCCUGUGGCUGGGGCCCAGGAGGGGAGCGUGCAUUUUCACUUCAACUGCCACUUCCUUUGGUUUUGCAGAAGUGCUUGCAGCCCUCUGCCCCAGGGUUGCCGGCUGGCAUCGGUGUGACUGGACGGCACAGCCCUGGACCAGCAAGAGCUUGUCCUCCCAGGUUUGGGAGGGUUUCCAGAACCCUUGGUCCAGUUGAAGUGAAGGAAGCAGACUCCCCGGGAGCCCCUUCCUGGGCGGCUCAGGCGUUCUGAUGGGGCCCAGGGGCCUCAGGCAGUGGCUCCGUGUGCUCACUACUGCUCAUUUGACAGGAGAGGUCCCUGCCUCGUGUUAUUCAGAAUUUGAAAAGUGGGGAGGGGGCGGCUGCAGAAUCGGAGUAGACACCAGCGAGCAAGAGUAUGUGGGCUUCUAGGGCCGCUGAAGGGGACUUGGCAGCUGAGGAGGGAAGCCAGGCCCGGUGUGAGGCUGGUGGGGCCCCCCACACCCCUGGGGCUCAGAAGGAACUGGACUGGUCCCAGGUGGCUCUGACGUGCCCCCAGCCCACUUGGGCCCCCUGCCUGGCUGGGGGUCUGCCUUCCUUGGCCCUCCUGGUUCCGGCUCACUGCUUCCUCACCUACUGACCCUCUCUGUUUUGGGCAUGGCCAGAGAGCCCUGCAUCUCUUGCUGGGCCUUGGAGCUGGGCGCAGCAGCCCGACGACAGGGCCACACGGAUCUUGACAGGGCAGCAGCUGGGAGGGCACCGCCCAGCACGCAGGCACCCGAGGGAGAGUCUGAAGACCCUCAGCGCUGCCCCACCAUCUCCACUCGGGGGCUGACCCGAGACGCAGGGAGGAGUGCAUAUUACUCCAGCCAGUGGCAGGGUGGGGAGCAGAAUGGCUGGCCCAGGAACCCCUCCGGCCCACACCACCCACUGCCAAGGGGGCAUCACUUUGGAGAUGGCUUUUCUUGAUUCUUUCUUGACUCAGUGUCUCACUUUUUAAUGUGUUUUCAAGGUAUUGCUUUAAAAUUCUCCAUAAGUUAACGAGCUUCCUGUAAUCUCGGGAGAACCUUGUGGCUUCCUGUUUUUCCAGUUGUUAAAAAAUGUUGAGACAAGUCUCAAUCAUUUUAGGAGGUUUAUUUGCUAAAGUUGAGGACACGCGUCUGUGACACAGCCUCAGGAAGUCCUGAUGACGUGCCUAGGGUGGUCGGGCACAGCCUGGUUUCAUGCAUUUUAGGGAGACAAGAGACAUCAAUCAAUAUAUGUGAGACGUACAUUGGUUCUGUCCAGAAAGGUGGGAACAACUCGAAGCAGGGAGGGGACUUCCCAACCAUUCGUCUCUCGCCUACCUGUGGGUAGGUCACAGGUCAUUUUAAACUCUCAGAGUGAACGUCUUGAUAGGACCGACAAGACGCAUGACAUGUACUUAGAAAGCUUAUCUUAGAGCCACACUGAGAUUGGAACCCGCAAAAUAUGCCAGGAAACGCCACCCCAGUGACCAUUACCCCGUGGGCCUCCCUGGGUCUCCCCACCAAGACCUGCAACAACGUGUCCUUCGAGGAGAGCAGGAUAGUCCUGGUCGUGGUGUACAGCGCAGUGUGCACGCUGGGGGUGCCGGCCAACUGCCUGACUGCGUGGCUGGCGCUGCUGCAGGUACUGCAGGGCAACGUGCUGGCCAUCUACCUGCUCUGCCUGGCACUCUGCGAGCUGCUGUACACGGGCACGCUGCCGCUCUGGGUCAUCUAUAUCCGCAACCAGCACCGCUGGACCCUGGGCCUGCUGGCCUGCAAGGUGACCGCCUACAUCUUCUUCUGCAACAUCUACGUCAGCAUCCUCUUCCUGUGCUGCAUCUCCUGCGACCGCUUCGUGGCCGUGGUGUACGCGCUGGAGAGCCGGGGCCACCGCCGCCAGAGGACCGCCAUCCUCAUCUCCGCCUGCAUCUUUAUCCUCGUCGGGAUCGUUCACUACCCAGUGUUUCAGACGGAAGACAAGGAAACCUGCUUCGACAUGCUGCAGAUGGACAGCAGGAUUGCCGGGUACUACUAUGCCAGGUUCACCGUUGGCUUUGCCAUCCCUCUCUCCAUCAUUGCCUUCACCAACCACCGGAUUUUCAGGAGCAUCAAGCGGAGCAUGGGCUUAAGUGCUGCCCAGAAGGCCAAGGUGAAGCACUCGGCCAUCGCGGUGGUUGUCAUCUUCCUGGUGUGCUUCGCCCCGUACCACCUGGUUCUCCUCGUCAAAGCCGCUGCCUUUUCCUACUACAGAGGAGACAGGAACGCCAUGUGCGGCUUGGAGGAAAGGCUGUAUACAGCCUCUGUGGUGUUUCUGUGCCUGUCCACGGUGAACAGCGUGGCUGACCCCAUUAUCUACGUGCUGGCCACGGACCAUUCCCGCCAAGAAGUGUCCAGAAUCCAUAAGGGGUGGAAACAGUGGUCCAUGAGGACAGACAUCACCAGGCUCACCCACACCAGGGACACUGAGGAGCUGCAGUCACCCAUGGCCCUUGCAGACCACUACACCUUCUCCAGGCCCGUGCACCCACCAGGGUCACCAUGCCCUGCAAAGAGGCUAAUUGAGGAGUCCUGCUGAGCCCACUGUGUGGCGGGGGGGAUGGCAGGUUGGGGGUCCUGGGGCCAGCAAUGUGGCUCCUGUCCACGGAGCCCACCAGCCACAGUGCCCAUGUUCCCUCUGGAGGACAAACUACCAAUUUCUCGUUCCUGAAGCCACUCCCUCCGUGACCACUGGCCCCAGGCUUUCCCACAUGGAAGGUAGCUGCAUGCCAAGGGCAGGAGCGAUACCUCCAGGCUUCCGGGAGCCCAGAGAGCGUGUGGCAGGCAGUGGGGCCUCUUCAUCAGCAGCCCGCCUGACUGGCUCCCUUGGCUGUGGGCAGGCAGCAGGCCUGCUGGCAGAGGUACCUGGUGGCUGCCCUGUUCGCAUCAGUGGCGAUGACUUUAUUUGCAGAGCAUUUCUGCAAGUGUUGCCUGGAUGCGGUGGUGCAUUGUGGGCCCUCUGGGCUCCUGCCUCAGAAUGUCAGUGGGCACCAUGCUGGAGGUCACCCAGCACUGUGGCAGCGCCCAGGAGGGCACAGGGCAGCCUACCACCUCCAAGGGGGCAGGAGCCCCCAUCUGGGGUUGGGUCUGUGCUGAGCUGGAGGGCCUCUAGGGAACUGUGGGGCAGGGUGGCCAGCUGCUCCGGCUCCCAGAGCGCAGCCCAGGCGUCCUCAACGGGGAGUCCCAAAUGUCCACGCCCAGAACAACAGUUGGCAGGACAGGCGUGACACAGCCACAGCAGAGGCAAGGGGUGCCAGGAGUCCCCAGCAGCAUCCUCGGGGAGAAGCUGGUGAGGGGUCCGUACAGGGUGGGGCCCCCACCCCCAGCCCCUUACGGAGGGGGGAGUGCAGCAGCUGGCCUGCUUGUCUGGCGGAGAAAGCCAGCUCCCUGCACCCUCGGGGCUGAGUCAGAUCUGGGUCUGCCCCAAAGGCCUUGCCUAGGCCAGGUCACGCUGAUGCCCGGGUUUCCCUAUCUGUAAAAUGGGGCCAAUGACACCUACCUCACUGGGUCACCAUCGAGAUCAAUCCUCCUCCCUGCCCUGACACCUCAGGCACAUCACACGCACUCAGAGCACAGAGCCGGGCAGAUGCAGCACCUGGAUGGGGAGCCCAGUGCCCAGCACAGCGCAGGGGCUUCCAGGGAGGCCGCGCAGGGCCGUGGGGCUGAGCCACGCUCUCGUUUUGUCAGGCAGCUAUGCAGUUGCUCUUCCUUGUUUUUGGUUUGUUUUUGUUUUUUUUAAUAUUUAUUUUUUUAGAGACAGGGCCUUGCUCUGUUUCCUGGGCUGGAGAACAGUGGCACCAUCAUAGCUCACUGCAGCCUCAAACUCCUGGGCUCAAGCGAUCCUCCCCACUCAGCCUCCUGAGUAGCUGGGACUACAGGUGUGCACCACCACACCCAGCCAAAACAGCCAUCCUCCCCUUAGGAGUCAUCAGAAAAAUACAUUAGGAAAAUGUGUUUAGAAAUAAAAGCACAAGGCAGGGCACAGUGCUCAUGCCUGUCAUCCCAGCACUUUGGGAGGCCGAGACAGGAGGAUCAGUUGAGGCCAGGAGUUUGAGACCAGCUUCGGCAACACGGCAAAACCUUGUCUCUUUUUUUGGUAUUAAAAAAAUAAUAAAAAUAAAAGAAAUAAUGCAAUUUAACCUUUACAGUUAACAUUUCCCCUGCUUUGAGAGGAGCCCCUAGGCUCCCAGAGGAGAGCCGUGACCAGGGACCUGAAAAGCUGGGGCUGAGGUUCUGGACCAGCCUGGAAUAUUCAGGGCUGAGGCAAAAGGGAUCAUAACGAUGUCCAGCAGGGGCUUUCCUGUGGCCGCUAUAACCAGUUCCCACAAGUUGGUGGCUUAAAACAAUAAACCGGGCUGGGCACCAUGGCUCAUGCCUAUAAUCCCAGCACUUUGGGAGGCCGAGGCGGGCAGAUCACCUGAGGUCAGGAGUUCGAGACUAGCCUGGCCAACAUGAUGAAACCCCGUCUCUACUAAAAAUACAAAAAAAAUUAUCUGGGUGUGGUGGAGCACACCUGUAAUCCCAGCUACUUCGGAGGCUGAGACAGGAGAAUUGCUUGAACUCAGGAGGCAGAGGUUGCAGUGAGCCGCGAUCGUGCCAUUGCACUCCAGCCUGGGCAACAAGAGCAAAAUUCCUUCUCAAAAAACGAAACGACAACAGCAACAACCAAAAAACACAACCAAAAACUGUUUUCUCAGGCUGGGCGCGGUGGCUCACGCCCGUAAUCCCAGCACUUUGGGAGGCCGAGGCGGGCAGAUCACGAGGUCAGGAGAUCAAGACCAUCCUGGCUAACACGGUGAAAUCCCUUCUCUACUAAAAAUACAAAAAAUUAGCCGGGCAUUGUGGCAGGCGCCUGUAGUCCCAGCUACUCGGGAGGCUGAGGCAGGAGGAUGGUGUGAACCCGGGAGGCAGAGCUUGCUGUAAGCCGAGAUCGCGCCACUGUACUCCAGCCUGGGCGACAAAGCGAGACUCCGUCUCAAAGAAGAAAACAAAAAAAAAAACUGUUUUCUCACAGCUCUGAAGGCCAGAGUCCACUUUUUCAUCUUUUGCUGCCACAGAGCAACAAAUAAGAGCCUCACUCCCAUGUCAGAUCCCAGCCUUGGGGACCAGGUGCCAUCUCACCCACCGGUAGGGACAACAGGGCUAGGCGAGACACCCAGAGUACCUGGCUCAGGCGAGGGACUGCCUGAACUGGCUGGUGUCACAGUGGCAGGAAAGUUACCAGGCAUAGCCGGGUGAGGUGGCACCUGCAGUCCCAGCUGCUCAGGAGGCUGAGGUGAGAGGAUCAUUUGAGCCUGGGAAGUGGAGGCUGCAGUGAGCUAGGACUGCGCCACUGCACACGGGGAGGCCAGGAGACAAAGGCCCGAUGGGACCUGGGGAUGACACCUCUGUAGGGGUUUCAGAGGGUGCCUGGGAGCAAUGUCUGCAGCGAAAUUUAAAAAUGGACACCAGACCUGCGGGACCCAUGACAGUCACCAUCAGAUGGAGAAGCUCUAUGCAAAGACAGACCACUCAGAGUCAAACUUGGGGGGUGGGGCUUACCUGACGGGAGGGGCUGCUACGGGGACCUUGCCCAGGCUGAGGCCCAGAUGGGACCAGGCACUCAGGAAGGGAGGCCCAGCCCAGCCCUUAACUCUGAGACCCUCGAGGGCUGUGGGCGGAGGGCAGCAGGUUGAGUCCUCGCAGGACAGGCGCAGCUGGGGAGGUGGAGGUUACGGGCCUGCCUGGCUGCUCACCGCCCCGCGUCUGCUCUGGCAGUGACAGGGUCACAGCAUGGCUUUGUCAUCAGCCACUGACCACUGACCGCAGGCCCUGGCCAUGUCAUCCAGCUUCUGCUGCUGGUGGGAGCUUCUGAGGUGGCCAGCGCUGGAAGCCGCCCUGUGUGGAGUCUGCGCUCGCUCACUCUCUCUCUCACCAUCUACCCCUUCGUUCGCCCCGCUUGACCUCACUCAGGCACCCCCUCCACAAGGUGCUCCUGGGGCACCCCAGGUACUGAGGAGGCCACAGUGAAGGACACUGUCACCCACGCAGGGAGGCGGGAAUGAGGAGGGGAGCCCCGAGGGCCACCCCUGCCUCCAGCACCAUGCCCUGCCUCCAGCACCAUGCCCUGCCCUCCAGCACCAUGCCCUGCCCUCCAGGCUCUAGCCACAGUUGCCUCUUCAGACAGGGUCCGGGAGGGGCAGCACUGCUCUGCUCACUGCCUUGUUGUUACCUGAGUAACGGUGACAGGGAAAGAGGACCACACACCUCCUCGCCAGCUGGAGAGAAGACCCCGGACCUAUGGAACUGUUCUCCCAGGUCCUACUGUGACGAAGACACCUGCACACCAGGGGAGGGAGCAGUUCAGAAGCAGCACUCAGGCUCUCCGGAAGGCCCUGUGUCCCAUCCACGCCCGCUCCCCUCCGACCAUCCCCACUCCACCUGGCAUGGCAGGGGCUGUGGACCCUCACAGCGACAGCCCAGGGCACAGGCCGCGGAGGCAGGGAGAGUUUUGUUGGGAAUUCUGGGAUCCUACUGCCUGGAGUUGGGGCAGGGGAGCACAGCCCAAGGAGGUCACAUCCUGGUGGCCCUGCAGCCUCCUGGCCUGUGGGAGGGACAUGCCUGGAAGAGACAGCAUGAGGGGGGACCACAUAUGGAGGACUCUUUUUUUUUCUUUUGAGACAGAGUCUUGCUCUGUGACCCAGGCUGAAGUGCCAUGGCAUAAUCUCAGCUCACGGCAGCCUCCACCUCCUGGUCCCCUGAAUAGCUGGGACCACAGGCGUGCACCACCACACCCAGCUGGGUUUUUUUGUUGUUGUUGUUAGGGACAGGGUUUCACCACAUUGCCCAGGCUGGUCUUGAACUUCUGGACUCAAGCAAUCUGCCUGCCUCAGCCUCCCAAAGUGCUGGGAGGGAUUACAGGCGUAGGCCACCACAUCCAUCCUUUUUUUUUCUUUUUUUUUUGAGGCAGGGUCUUGCUCUGUCACCCAGGCUGGAGUUGAGUGCAGUGGUGCAAUCUCAGCUCACUGCAGCCUCUGCCUCCUGGGUUCAAGCGAUCCUCACACCUCAGCCUCCUGAGUAGCUGGCAUCACAGGCAUGUGCCACCAUGCCCAGCUGCCCAGCUAAUUUUUAAAUUUUUUGUAUGGACAGGGUCUCACUAUGUUGCUCAGAUUGGUCUUGAACUCCUGGCCUCAAGCAAUCCGCCUGACUUGGCCUCCCAAGGCGCUGGGAUCGCAGGAGUGAGCCAGCCCCCAGUCCUAGCAGUGCUCUUGGGUGAUGAACGUGUGAAUGAGAGCGCACCGAAUGGUCGCGUGGGGCGGCCACCUUCCUGAGGGACAGCUCACUAUGGACAGGUGAUACCACCACUUGGUGCCUCCUUUCUUCAUCCAUAAUUUGGGAAUGGUGACAGUGACUGUCCCACAGUCCUGGUGGGGUAUUAAUUCAGAUAAUACACGUCCCACACCUAAGAUGAGCCUGGCACAAAGCAGCGCUCAAAAACACAGAUCUUCAUUUAACUUCCUCCUUCGUUCCCCCAGUGGGGGAUCUUGCAGGCAGAGUCGUUGACGAAAGGUCCGCCUGUUCCCAAGAACGGCCCUAGAGGGCGCCAGGCAGCGGGGCUUGAAUGGACCGGGCGGGUUUCGCUUUCCCGCGAGUAGCCGCCCGCGGCCGCCAGGGGGCAGCAGCUGCAAAGGGCACCCGUGGGCAGCCGGGCCGCGCCUGUGGCCACGCAGCGCAGAGGCGGCCCCAUCAGAGCGCUCGGGCGGGCGGGCGCGGAGCCGGAGCAGUGUCCCCGCCACUGCGGAGCCUUCACAGGCGGAACAUUUUGCACAUCCUUCCAGACCUUUCCUAAAUCCUUACCUGCCUGUACAGGCACUCGUGGAAAAUACGUGAUACUGCCUUGUGUGUAUGCAUUUAUCCAGCUUUUCAUUUUGAAAUAAUUCCCAAUUUGGGGGCCGGGCGCGGGGGCUCACGCCUGUAAUCCCAGCACUUUGGGAGACCGAGGCGGGCGGAUCACGAGGUCAGGAGAUCGAGACCAUCGUGGCCAACAUGGUGAAACACCGUCUCUACUAAAAAUACAAAAAAAUUAGCUGGGCGUGGUGGCGUGUGCCUGUAAUCCCAGUUACUCGGGAGGCUGAGGCAGGAGAAUCGCUUGAACCAGGAAGUCGGAGGUUGCAGUGAGACUCCGUCUCAAAAAAAAAAAAAAAAUCCCAAUUUACAGAAGGUGGCAAACACCAUGCAAAGAGACCUGGAUAUUCCUGUCCUACAGGUUCUCCAGCUGUGAACAUUGCCCCGCUAUUCCUUCUCUCGCUCCUGCUUAUGUGGCAUUUGAGAAUAAGCUGCAGACUCCAGGCUUGCUCCCCUAAACAGCUCAGAGAGUAUUUUGGAAAUAAACGAACUCUCUCUCAAGUAAUUGCAGUGAACCUUGAAAAAUCAGGAAGCCACCACUGAUCCAAUGUCCCCAUCGACUCCACAGAGUCCCUGCCAAUUUCCCCGCUGUCUCAAUGAGUCUUUGUGGGUCUUACGGGUCUUUGUGGGAUGGCCCUCGCUCUAGCCUUGUCUGUUUCCUGUGGCCUCUUCAAUUCCAGGAGGAACCUCUCAGAAGUGAGACUUUCCUCUUAUAGCAUCCUACCGGAGGCCCACGGGACCAAUCUGGCCGUCACUGGUGAUGAUGAUCCUCUUACAGCGUCCUACCGGAGGCCCACGGGACCAAUCAUCUGGCCGUCACUGGUGAUGAUGAUCCUCUUACAGCAUCCUACCGGAGGCCCACGGGACCAAUCAUCUGGCUGUCACUGGUGAUGAUGAUCCUCUUACAGCGUCCUACCGGAGGCCCACGGGACCAAUCAUCUGGCCGUCACUGGUGAUGAUGAUCCUCUUACAGCGUCCUACCGGAGGCCCACGGGACCAAUCAUCUGGCCGUCACUGGUGAUGAUGAUCCUCUUACAGCGUCCUACCGGAGGCCCACGGGACCAAUCUGGCCGUCACUGGUGAUGAUGAUCCUCUUACAGCGUCCUACCGGCGGCCCACGGGACCAAUCUGGCCGUCACUGGUGAUGAUGAUCCUCUUACAGCGUCCUACCGGAGGCCCACGGGACCAAUCUGGCCGUCACUGGUGAUGAUGAUCCUCUUACAGCGUCCUACCGGAGGCCCACGGGACGAAUCUGGCCGUCACUGGUGAUGAUGAUCCUCUUACAGCGUCCUACCGGAGGCCCACGGGACGAAUCUGGCCGUCACUGGUGAUGAUGAUCCUCUUACAGCGUCCUACCGGAGGCCCACGGGACCAAUCUGGCCGUCACUGGUGAUGAUGAUCCUCUUACAGCGUCCUACCGGAGGCCCACGGGACCAAUCAUCUGGCCGUCACUGGUGAUGAUGAUCCUCUUACAGCGUCCUACCGGAGGCCCACGGGACCAAUCUGGCCAUCACUGGUGAUGAUAACCCUCGUCACGUGGGUACGAUGGUGUCUGCCGCCAUUCCCCACUGAAAAGUUAAUUAGUAAGCAUUUUGCAUUCAUUAAUGAAUAAGCAAUUAUUACACCGUUUCUGGGGAGAGAAUUUGAGGUUUCCACUAUGAGGUCAGGCUUACCCUUCUCUCUCAUGUAUGUAUGUGCGGGUCUCCGUCCAUUUUUUCUUGCUAUAACAGAUUACUUGAGACUGCAUAAUUUAUAAGAAAAAAAGAGGUUUACUUAGCUCAGAGUUCUACAUGCUGAGAAGUUCAAGGGCGUGGCCCUGGUGAGGACUUUCAUUCUGUUUCACAAAAUGGUAGAGAAGGCCGGGCACAGUUGCUCACACCUGUAAUCCCAGCACUUUGGGAGGCCGAGGCGGGUGAAUCACCUGAGGUCGGGAGUUCAAGACCAGCCCGGCCAACAGAGUGAAACCCCGUCUCUACUAAUAAUACAAAAAUUAGCUGGGUGUGGUUGCACGUGCCUGUAGUCCCAGCUACUCGGGAGGCUGAGGCAGGAGAAUCGCUUGAACCCAGGAGGCAGAAGUUACAGUGAGCUGAGAUCACGCCAUUGUACUCCAGCCUGGGUGACAAGAGCAAAGCUCCAUCUCAAAAAAUAAUAUAAUAAUAAUCCAAGAUCUGGGCACUAGGGGUGCUCACUGUUUCCAGAGCUGUAGAAAAUACAUAUGCUUAUACACACACACAUAGAUAUACUCACACACAUAGAUAUACAAACACACAUAGAUAUAUAUACACACAUAGAUAUACAUCUGUAUUUCCAGCUAUCCAUAUUGGAACUGGAUUUGUACUGAUAUCUCCAAUUUCAAUCCACCCGGCCAGAAGUUGGUCCAGCCUGACCACUUUCCUAAUUUGCAACUCCCUUCUCCGAAACGAGAGUCCUCAAAUUCUUCAUCCCCGAUGCUUUUACUUACUUGUGCAAUCCCCAGCCCUCUCCAAUGUCUCUUUCUUGGCCCCCUUGGCAGGUUAAAAGCCGGCCCUCAAGGAGGAGGGAAAGGGGAAGUAGGAAAAAGGAAGAAAUGAAGGGUCUGAGAGUUCACUCUGUUUGCAAAUGAACAGUGAGCCUGCCAGUGUUCUGAACAUGGGCAAGACAUGAGACACCUGGGUCUGAGACAAAGGCUUUGUUAUUCACAGCACAGCAGGCAGCACGAGCUUCAUAUACCCCCAGCCCCCAGCCCCACAGACAAUGAGGAGUGGCCCCGGUGGAUGCUGUACACACAGCUAAGGAACCCUGGGUUAGGAAACACCAGUCAUUUAAAGGACUGCUAGCAAACCUGCCCAGUUUCUGCCCAGAGGGAGAAGCUAUCUUUAUUAUCUUGGACAGCAAGCCAAUUUGCCCUCUGCCUGGAAAGAGAUACAUGUGUGAUGCUGAGGAUUCACGUGUGGACAUUGGGACCCCAGGGCCUGAGCUGAGACCCCAGCACUGCCCUUUACUGUCUGGGACCUUGGACGAGUGACCCAACUUCUCUGUGCCUCGCUGUCCUCAUCUGGAAAAUGGAGACAAUAACCGUAUCCAGGUCACUGCUUUCUUAGGAAGAUUAGUAAGACCAGUAUACAAUGUGCCAGGGUCAUCUAUGCUGGGAAGGGCUGAGUGGGCUGCAGACAGCACCAUGGAUGGCCUCUCUAAGCAGGUGCUUUUGAGCCCAGACCAGUGGAAGUGGGGAACAGCCUUGCAGCUUGUCUGGGUCAGGCACAGGGCAAAAGCCCAGGGCAGGGAAACACUUCAGGUGCUUGAGAAGUGGUGAGAAUCCACGGGGAGCAAGAGCCCGGGAAGCCAGGCAUCGACAAUGGAGCACCUGAGACGUCUCUGAGCACCUGAGACGGCGGUGCCAGGGACUCCUGAGCAGAGGCCAAUGCAGCCAACUUGCAUUUAAGGGCCCCCUGGCUGGCGUGAAAGUGCCUGGAUACUCAGGAAGAGAUACAAGCGUCUGGAGGCGGCCCAAGGGUGCAGGUGAGCCUCCGAACCGGGCAGUGGCGCGGGCGGUUGCAGGUGGGCAGAUCCUGAUCUGUGUGAAGGUGGAGCCGAGGACGCUGGCAGGCAGAUGGGAGGUAGAGGUGAAAGAAAGAGGCUGCAGGAGGAACCCAACGCUUCGGAGGAGCCUCAGGUAGCUGGUGGUCUUCCUUUCCUGUUACCACAUAUUUCGUGGUUUCAAGCAGCCCAGCUUUCUUAGCUCGCAGCCUGUGGGUCUGGGCUUAGGCUGGAGUCAGGCGUCAGCUGGCCACACUCUGGUAUGGGGCUCAGGGUUGCCUUCCAAGCUCGCUCCUGUCGCUGGGAAGCCAGGUGUGGGACUGAGGUCCCCGCCUCCUCGUGGUGUCACCGAUGGCUGCUCCCUGCUUCUGGGGGUGCUCAUAUUCCUUCUCAGGCCCCCCGCCCCGUCUUCAAACCAGCAUCGGCACCUUGAAGCCUUCCCACGCUUGGACCUCCCUGACUCCCCCUCCUGUCACCAGCCACAGAAAACUGUCCUCUUUUCAAGGCUCCCGGGACUAGGUCAGGCCCACUUGGGAAUCAGUGUUGAGCUCUACUCUGCCGUGUAAACCGGCCCAACCUUGGGAGUGGAACCUCCGCACCAGUUCCAGGGGCUGGCACAGGGGAAUCUGGGAGGGCACAUGUUCUUAGAAUUUGGCCUAAACUGGGGUGCUUGAAAUAAGGGCACGGCUGACACGCAGUGGCCUCCUGGUUCUUUUGGUGCAGGGUGGAUGGCGUUUAAUCCAGGACUGGAGAGGCGCCUGGGGAGUAGGCGGGGAAGA